GAUCUCGAUCUCGAUCUCGAUCCAUCCAUCCAUGGCGGGUGUCUACGCCCCUCUGAGGGCUCCCUCCUCAUCCUCUUACUCCUCCUCCUCCUCUUCCUUCGCCGGGCGGAUCCUCUUCCUCCUCACGGUGCUCCCCCUCGCCCUCGCCGCGUUCGCCUUCGCCCUCCAAUGGCGCGGGGGCCUCCGCGACCCGGCCUCGACUUUGUCCCACGACACCCACCGCUUCCCCGGCAUGGAGAAUAGCCCCCUCGGCUCCUCCUCCUCCUCCUCCUCCUAUUUCCCCACCACCACCUCUCACUCCACCUCCUCCGCCUCCUCCGAUUGCGCCGAGAUCCUCGGUAGGAGCUCCUCCCCCUCCUUCCCUUUCCUCCGCGGGUGGAACUUCGACUUCGAUUCGGAUCUCUCGCCAAAGAUUUGUGUCACAAGUAGCACUGCGGCUGGUCUACAACAAAUUCUUCCAUGGCUGUAUUAUCAUAAGGUCAUUGGUGUUUCCCGCUUCUUUCUUUUCGUUGAAGGGGAGGCCGCAAAACCUGCUGUUUCGGCAGUUCUUGAAUCUAUUCGUGGGGUGAAAGUUAUUUUCAGAACUAGGGAGCUUGAGGAGAAACAAGCUAAAAGUCGCAUAUGGAACGAGACUUGGCUAUCAGGCUUCUUCUAUAAACCAUGCAAUUAUGAACUAUUUGUGAAACAGUCACUCAAUAUGGAGAUGGCUAUUGUUAUGGCACGGGAUGCUGGCAUGGAAUGGAUCAUUCAUCUUGACACUGAUGAGUUAAUUCAUCCAGGUGGUGCCAAAGAGUACUCUCUAAGGCGAUUGCUAUUGGAUGUUCCUAGCAAUGUUGACAUGGUUAUCUUUCCGAAUUAUGAAAGUAGCAUUGAACGAGAUGAUAUUAAAGAUCCCUUUACUGAGGUUUCCAUGUUCAAGAAAAACUAUGAUCAUCUCCCAAAGGACACAUAUUUUGGCUUGUAUAAGGAAGCAACACGUGGUAAUCCGAACUAUUUUCUUACUUACGGAAACGGGAAGUCGGCCGCACGAAUCCAAGAACAUCUUCGCCCCAAUGGUGCACAUAGAUGGCAUAACUAUAUGAAAACCCCAAAUGAAAUCAAGUUGGAGGAGGCUGCUAUUCUGCAUUACACGUACACAAAAUUUUCAGAUUUAACUUCAAGACGUGAUCGGUGCGGCUGUAAACCUACAAGGGAAGAUGUGAAGAGAUGUUUUAUAUUGGAAUUUGACAGAUCUGCUUUCAUUAUUGCAUCAACUGCAACAGAGGAGGAGAUGCGAAGCUGGUACCGCGAACAUGUCGUAUGGACUGACAAAGAUUUGAACUUGAAACUUCUGAGGAAGGGUAUCCUAACCCGCAUAUAUGCUCCCAUGGCCAUCAUUCGAGGUCUUAAGGAGGCCAGCGUCUUUAGCUCUGCAAUCACUUCUGCAAAAUUGCACUCGAAAGACAAACUUUUACCUUCUACCGAAAAUCUUCGUAAUGGUUCUUCCGCCCUUCCUAAUUCAAGGGCGGGUGAUAGUUCUCAAGCGAGAAGCAGAAAGGUUUUGGAAACUGCUAAUACAUAUGAGGAUGCUGUUCCGCCAAUGUCUCCUCCGGGCUUGUUUGAUAAUAUGCUCAUGAGAACAGAUUGAUCUUUACAUUUUCUAUUAUGCUUAUGAGAACAGAUUAUUUUUUCCACUUCUAUCAUGUAUUUGUAUAGUGUCUGACCUGGGGUAUUGCCCCCUUUCUAAUCAUAAAACUUGAUUGUUAGGAAGAGAGAUUGUUUGUAUCUUCAUCCAAAGCAUUUUGUGGUAUUUUAGUGGUAUUUUUGGAGA